GAGAUCUUUGUCAAAGACAUUUUAUCAAAUGUUUGACCUCGGAAUGGGAUGUAAAAAACACAACAAUAAAAAAACCAAGAAAACACAAUCCAGUACUGUGACACAUCGGACACAUCGUAAAAAGAUAAUUAUAUUACUUUCUUCUUUUCGAGGUGGAAACUAUCAUAAGGAGACUAAGGCCAGCACUGCAAAUUCGUCUCAGGUUCAUAGCCCACCUGAACAUAGAAGAGAUCGGCACAGAAGGUCAACGUGUGGGACCAGCAGCUACCAACCCAGCGGCAAUAGCUGCAGGGCCAGGAGUGGGGGUAGAGGCCGGCAGUGGUGGAGGGGGUAGCAGCCAAUCAGCUGUUGCGCGGUGAUUGGAGGCCACGCCCCUCGGGGCGGGGCUUGUCAGUGCUAUCAGCCAAUCAGUAGCCACCAUGUCAGUCAUUCCAGGCGUGCCAACUAUUGUGCAGGAUAGCGCUGUUGUCGUAUCAAGCAUUCCUUCCAAUCCGAUGCAUGCUAUU